UGUAGGACGACGGCGCCGACGCGCAGAUGGAGUGGCGCUUUGGCAGCUUCCGGUGCCAGUGCGAGUCCGCCCGGCAGGCCAUUGCCCGCGAGCGCAAGAACGACAAGAUGACCGCGGCCGAGAGGGAGCAGUGGGAGGGCAUCCUCGUAGAGUUCUCAAAGGAUCCAUGUGCUCCAAACGACCAGUAGUCCAUGUGAUCGUGUCGUCAUCCUCGCGCCCUGGCUCCUGGCUACUCUCAGGCGUCGGGGGGAGUGAGUCGACCGGCUG